AUGCCACGCCCUAAUCCAGCGCCUGUGCGCGAUGCGCGCUUCGACAUGUCGAAGUGGGCAGAGAGCGACAAAGGGAAGGCUGCGAAGCGUGUGCGCGUAGGAGAAAAGAAGGAGGGGAGGAAAGGCGAGGGCCGGCGUGCUGUGCCGGUAGAGGAAGAGGAGGAGGAAGAGAAAGAAGAGGACGACAGAGAGGAUGAGGAAGAGGAUGAGGAAGACGGGGGAGAGGAAGACGAGGACGAGGACGAGGACGAUGAGGAUAAGGACGAGCAAGGUGAGGACGAGCAAGACGAGGGUCAAGAGGUCGAGGAUGACGACGACAGCGCAAACGCCAACGACGACGACGCCAACGACCGCCAACGCACACUCGACGAGAUCGAGUCCAACACCCAUCAGCCCGUCCUUACUGCCGAAUCGCUCGAGUCUUAUGCCAAAAAGCAGCAAAAGCGAGGCAUUGUCUAUGUGAGUCGCAUCCCCCCGGGCAUGACGCCUGCCAAGGUGCGCCAUAUCUUUUCGCAGUUUGGCGAGGUAGGCCGCAUCUAUCUCCAACCCAAAGACAAGGAGAAAGAAAAGAAGCGCAAGCGCGGCACGACGCACUUUUCCGAGGGCUGGAUCGAGUACCUUUCGAAACGCGUCGCGCGCACUGCCGCCGAGAUGAUGAAUGCGCAGCCGAUCGGCUCGCUUGCCGGGAGCGCGCACUCCUCCCGCAAGUCGCAGACUGGUUCGCGCGUGGCGAACCGCUGGAAAGACGAUGUAUGGACGAUGAAGUAUCUGAAAGGCUUCCGGUGGCCGAUGCUCAUCGAGCAAAUGUCGCAUGAGCGUGCCGCCCACGCCGCACGGCUGCGUAUGGAGCUCGCGCAGUCUGCCCACGAGCAGCGCGACUAUCUACGCAAGGUCGAACGUUCGCGUAUCCAGCGCGAGAAAGAGGAGCGCCGUGUGCAGCGUGGCCUCCCCCAGGAGCCCGCGCAGGACACGUUCACGUUCCAGCAGCGCGCGCCAGUCUACCACGAUGUGCGCGACCAGCGUGCGCGGCAGCGCGCCCCCAAGCAGGCCGACCCUGCGAUGGACCAAGUGCUGGAUCAAAUUUUGUAG